AUGAAAAAGUUUACAAUAAUUCUUAUUAUUGUUUGUCUGCAACUUUGUAGUUGCGAUUAGUGUUCUGAUUACUUUUAAGAUGAAACCGGAUGUAUACAGAGCACUGGAAUUUCUUGCAGAUGGAUUGAGCAGAACAACCAAUGUCAAGAAUCCACAGGAACUUUGAUUGGAUGCCAGAAUUAUUUAAAUUAGGCAGCUUGUAUUUCAUAGAAGGUGUACCCUGACAAAUCAAUAGCCGAAUGUAUUAGAUUAGUAGUAUUCCCCUAGGUAUUUUCAGUGGAUAUUGCAGAAGUGUUAUCGAUGAUGCAUCAGAGUGUUAAAAAAAUUUAUCAAGAGCCGGGUGUUUGGGAGUGGAAGAAGCUUAUUGCAUUUGGAAGGACUAAUGCAUUGCGAUCUCACAAAGUCAGGCAGUGGUAUUAGGUUAGGCAACAUCAGCAACAGAUGAAUUGAAACUGUCAUCAAUUACAGUAUGUCAAUAAAUUAUAAAUUUCCCAGGUAUUAAUUGAAAUUGAAAUUAGCUAUUCAUUAGCAUGGGGCACAUGAUGCUUUGACUCAGUUAUAUUUUGAGAACCUAACAUCAUCAGGAGGGGAGAAUGAGUACGAGUAACAAAUGUUGAUUCCAGGGUGUUUUUAGCCAGUCACUGAUAUCUAUAAACAAAUAAAGUGUGAUGCAGCAGGAUUGAAUUCAUUAAGCUGCAUGCUGGUUGAAACCGAACCUUGUAUUUUUUCAGAGGGCAGCUGUAAAAAAGUGUUUAAUUUCAAUACUUUGAGUUGCAGCGAUAAGUUAAAUAAAAUAGCAUGCUUAUCAAUUACAAACUUUGACCAAACUUGUUAUUGGACUGGUACUUAAUGCACAACAUAUCUAGUAACCAAAACUACAUCUUGUAGUAUAUCAAUAUAAGUAACAGAAUUAUCAAUUUAAAUAGGUCUCUCCUAGUGUUUGCGCUAAUGUAAUAAAAAAAGAUGAAUCAUGUUUUUAUGAUUCAGCAACUAUGAAGUGUGAUUAGAUGUGCAAGUCUCCGAGUCUAAGCAGCUCUAUAAAAUGCGAAUUAUCAAAACAUGAAUGUUCGUGGUUUGAUUACGGGGUUGGAUAUUGUAUCUUCAAAAAGAAUUAAUGUGAUAGACAAGGAUAGAAUUACACCUCAUGUAUGGCAGCAGACGAAUAUUGUCUCUUUGAAGGUGGACUAUGCAAAUCUAUAUCGAAUUUGAACCUCCUAGGGUGUAAUAGUGGGUUAAAUAAGAAGGCUUGCAUAAACUUGAAGAAUCCAAGUUAAGUCUGUUAAUUUUGGGAAGAUGAAUGCUCAGAAAUCUAUACAACCCCAGAAGAUCUACCAUAUUAAUUAUGGGAUGUGAAUCAGAAUGCAUGUAAAAAAAUAACAACAACUGCCAGUUACUGGAGUAAUGGUUCCUGUUUCUACGCAUCUGGGAAUGAGGAGUGUACAACCCAAGGCUACAACAAGUUGGGAUGUCUUAAUACUGUUAACACAGUGUCGCCUUGUCAAUGGAAUGGAGAUUCAGGAAGUUGUCAGGCAAUAACAAUAACUAGAGAGACGAAAUGUGAAUCACUAAAAUUGGUAAAUGCGGUUGCUUGUCGAGCAGUUUAAGAAGAAGAUUCAAGUGGCAAUCCAGUGUUGUGCAAGUACAACUUAAAUUCUACUGCUUGUGAAAAGGUCACCGUACUCUCUUCGAUUAAUUGUGAAACUGAAGGUUUAAAUGAGGCAGCUUGCAGUUCAGUUCCUGAUCCAUUGUAAAGUUGCAGGUGGUCUUCAAAUUAAUGUGUAAAAGUGACAGCUUUGGGAAGUGCAGUUACCUGUUAGGCUUUACAAUCAGUGACUUAGAGAACUUGUGCAAUGGUCUAAUCCAAUAAUUAGAGAUGUCUAUAUGACUCAUCAAGGAAGAGUUGUACAACCCAAGUACCACCAUCAACUGCAUGCACUGCUGCUGGUUUGAAUCCCUAUGGCUGUGCAUUUGUAAGUUCGAAGUGCCACUUUGAUACUACCACCAAUCAAUGCAAAUCUACCUUAGAUUCUGAUUAUGCAACAAUCACUUGUGACACGAAUUUCCCAUCAAAAAGCACUUGUGUGUUAAUAACAAAGGCUAAUUAAUAUUGCAGAUGGUUAGGAAAGGACAAUGUUUGUGAAUUAUUUAGUUUUCCUGCCUCUGAUUCAUGUACUAAGUAUUCAAAUGUCAACAAACUAUUUUGUUUGGCUUUAGAAGUAUCAUUACAAAGGUAUAUCAGUUCCAGUUACUAUUGUUCCUAUGAUACGGGAACAAGUUCUUGUACUGAAUAUACAAAUCUUGCUUCAUGGGCAGAUUGUGGAUCAACAUUAGAUAUCAAUUUACAUGCUUGCGUAGCUCUCUCUAAUACUAAUAAAUAUUGUUACUUUGAUCAAACAACAUUGAAAUGUACAGAAAUCACAGAUCCUAAUGAUUCCAAGUUUUCAUCUUUGCUCUGCAAAUAAGCAAAUAAAAAGUUGUGUCUCAGUUUAUCAACGACUGGAUAGUAUUGCCAAUGGGUAGAUUCAGAGAAAAAGUGUCAACCAAUAAAAUCAGGGUAAUAAUGUUCCGAUUAUGUGUCCAUGACAGUCAAUCCAACUCUGUGUGCCAGUACCUACCCUGAUGAGGCAUGUGUUUCCAAUUUUGCUGAUAGUCACUGUAAAGUUGUAACAGCUGGUGAUACAUCUUACGGUUGUCUUGAAAAGGGAUUGAACAAGAAAGCGUGUUUGGAGAAUACAAACGGGGCAUGCUAUUACGAUAGUGAUAAAUUGCUUUGUUUAGAAGUGUCUGGAACAGCAGCAUAUUAAGUGUCAUGUUUUGGCGAUGUGAACAAAUUAGGUUGUUUGGCUUCUUUACUAUAUCCUUGCAAAUGGGCUGACAACGCUUGCUCCUACGUUUAUGAUAUAGAUCCCUUUAAUUCAAUCUGCACUGACUUAUCAACAUAGCUUUACAACCCUAAGGUUUGCUAGAUAAUCCAAACUGAUGGUCAAUAUUGCCAAUAUGAUUCAGUAACCUUCCAUUGUGCAGAUUUCUCGGACUUUGUCUAAGAUUGCAAACCUGGGUACAAUUAUUUAACUUGCAGUAUGAAUAAUUUGUGUCAAUGGGAUUCAAGUUCAGAAAGUUGUUAACCCAGUGGUUCUGGAGUGGAUUUAUGCAAAAGUCAAUCGACUGAAACUGAUUGUCUAAGCAUCACAAAUGACACAUGUUCUUGGACUACUGCAGGUAAGUGUAAAAAGAUUGUCAUCACUGAGUACACCCAAUGCAGUUAGGUGGGUUCAGCGUAAGGUAAGUUCGUGAAAAGAAUAUGCCAAUCUAUCGCUUUCAUAUAAGGCAGUUGCCAAUAUGAUAGCACUAGCAAGGCUUGUGUGACAGUGACAACUACUAACAAUCAAUGCAAUGCUGUAGGUCUGAACAAAAAGGCCUGUUUUAAUAAUACAAUCGGGUAUAAAUGCAGAUUUGAAUCAGACACGACCAAAGAUGAUUAUGGAUGUUAAGAGGUCAGCGACUUUUCAAAUCAAGGUUGUUCUGAUAGCUUAGAUAGCGAGGCUUGUGCAUCAGUUACUACUUCUUAAUGUGCAUACAACAUGACUUAUGAUUUAUGCGAAGAUUACUCACAAUAUUACCUGGCCUACUAUUACACUUGUGCUUAAUUUAGCACUGGCUAUAAAGUUACAAUAAACUUAUGCAAGUAUCUUAAAGAUGUUGCUUGCAUUUAUGAUUCCACAACCUAAACGUGUAAGGUCACAAAUGUACUAUUGGAUCAAUGCAAUACUAAUGCUACGAUCAAUUCCGUGUAUUGUUUAACAUAAAUUAAAAAUUAAACAUGCGACUUCGAUCCGUAUUAUGGGAGCUUUUGUUAUGAAACAGAUACGUCUUAUUGGCCAUGCAGUUAUUGCCAAUCCUUUAAGUAAUGUGUUAAUAGCAGAUAUUAAAUAUGCAAAUGGUAGGACGACAUGUGUUAGGAAAUCACGAUUGAUGUACAAUGUUCAGAUUUGACAAGUAUCAAUUCUAACGCCUGCAUGAGUUUCAGUGGGAAUACGAAAUGUUAGUUCAAGUAUGAUCCAGUAGCAUCAACGUCGUCUUGCAUCGUUCCUUUGGAUGACACUUAGCCAUGCUCAGGAUUGAAUGAAGUUGCUUGUGUUGCCAACACAACCUAAUCCUGUUUCUUUUAUUAGAAAUAAUGCUAUUUCAUCUUUGAUAAUCCUUACUUGGCUAGUUGCACUGAUGACUUUUCUUUUAAUUAUAAAGGGUGCGUGAGAAUUAUGAAUUCAGAGCAAAAAUGCAAAUGGGACACCAGUCUUAAUAAAUGUGUUUCAACAACGACUUCAUCAACAGAUGCAUGCACUACUUAUGCAGAUUCUAAUUAUUCAGCAACAAUAUGUGCAUCAAUUGAGAGUGGAAAUUGCAUUUGGAAUAACGGAUGCAAAGUGGACGUGGCUCUUGGUUGUGAUACACUGGGAGCAAAUAAAGGAGCAUGCAUAAAUGCAUUAUCAGGAAGUUGCGUAUAUUCAGAAGGAGUUUGCAUAGAUGUGACCACUCCCUCAGCCUUAGUGAAAAACAAAUGCACAGAUCCUUCAAACUAAUCAGGAUGUCUGAACAUGAAUCAAGGACAAACCUGUAAAUGGACUGGGAGCACAUGUCAAGAGAUCAGCGUAACUGGCGGUUGCACCUCGUAUACUAAUGUGAACCCAGGAGUAUGCUAAAGUGUUACCGAUGUGGCAUGCAAAUGGACAUCUUCCAAUUGUGCUGUAGUCAUAAUGAAAGGAUUAUGCAAUUAGCCAGGAUUGAACAAAUCGGCAUGCUUGAAACUCACCUCAGAAGUAUGCUAUUUUAGAAGCAAAAACAAUAGUUGCACUCAGAUUACUCAGUAGGUUCUGAAUGAAUUGGAAUGCACGGACAAUCUCAAUGAACUCGCAUGUCUAUCUCAUUAGAAGAAAUGUUGCAGUUGGCAUAUAGAUACAGGAACAUGCCAGAAUUCAACAGCAGGCACAAGUUGUGACUCACUGAUGCUUAACUCACCUUAUUGUUGUUUGAUUUUGACUGAAUAACCUUGUAAGAUGGGACCAUACUGUUAAUUAUUAACAUCGCAAUUCUCAUAGUGUUCGGAUGCAUACAACAAAUAUGCUUGUGAGUGGAUUAAUUCACCAUGUAGGUGGGAUGAUACCCUAAUGAAUUGCAUAUAGGUCAACAAAAAUUAUGGAUGCAAACCGGAUCUGAAUUUAGCAGGAUGUGUGAAUCAAUCAACCCAUUGUAAAUAUUUAAAUAAAACUUGCAUGACAGCAAGUACUUCAGACACUUGCAAAGAUUUAUAUGAUUCCUCCUUAUCUUCCACGAAAUGCGUAUUAAUAACAAAUAGCAGAUGUUUGGUCAGUAAUAAUGGGUGCACAGUUCCUCCCUACAAUGUCAAGUGCACUGAAAAUCUCAAUAGACUUGCCUGCUUGGAUAAUGUCAAUUAUUGUGUUUGGAAUGACACUGCUAAAACUUGUAAUGGUAAGAGAGUACUCACAGCCUCAACAACAUGUGCAACUGGUAUUGUCAGCAGGGGGCUAUGUGCAUUCUCGAAAGUACAAUGUAAAUCUGGAGAGGAUUAUUCGUGUUCCGCCUUCACUAACAUUGAUGAUGCGAAUGUAUCCUGCGAUCAAAGAAAUGCCGUUCUUUCUACCAACUCCUCCUAGUGUUUAGCUCUGGAUAAUGUCAUCUGCCAAUAUGACCCCACUACACAGAGGUGCACCUCCUAGAUCUUCGGUUCUGUUUGCACUUCCAUUGUUACCAAAAAAGGAUGCAUCUUUAUAGAGAAUAACUGUUAUUGGUCCAAUAACUUGUGUCUGCAAUACAGUACUGACAAGUACUUUAACACAUGCGAAUAGAUUUACACAAAGUAUUAGUGUUUAGUGAAUAUCAAUACAUCCUGUUAUUGGGACAGUGAAUAAUAGCUCUGCAGAACUUACAAGGGUAGUGUAGUCACUUGUGAUGAACACACCGAAGAAGUGAUAUCCCCAGGAAUAUGCUUUUAUUUCUCGUCAGAUUAUUGUGGCCAUGACGGAACCAAAUGCAUAUAGGAUACUACUUAGUCGGUUUGUGCCAACUCAAAGAGUCCGCUAGGGUGUCAAGCGAAUACAGCAGGAAAUUGUUUAUGGAAAAUCGACAUAGGCAAAUGCAUAGCCUUAGCAGAUUCUAGUCUUGCUUAGACCAUGACUUGUGUCGAAUUGAAGUAUUCCACAAAAGCACUUUGCUUAGCUCCAAUCAUAGAAGGUUAGACUUGUCAUUGGAAGGACAAUCUGUGUUAAAGUGCGAAUAUCGAAGUAGUCAGUUGUAACGACGAUCUCUCUUUGGAUGGAUGCAGAGCAGUUGCAAUGUGGGGUUGGUUUUGUGUUUUCAAAGACAAAUGCUAAGUGGCAGACAUCGAUAACAUUAAAUGUACCGACAGUAUCAAUAUACAUGCCUGCUUAUAAGUCACAUUAGAUGGUCAAUACUGCAAAUGGUUGGGAUAAAGGUGCUAUUCCUUAGAAAGUGAAGAUGGCUUUGAAUUAUCUAGUCACAUUCUGAUCAACGCCAAUGUUUGUCGAAAAGCAUACACAACAUCAGGUGCUCCUGAUGAUACCCUAAAGAAAAUUGGGGUUAGUUAUGAUACAGAAAACUAUGUAUGUUAAUUGUCAAAUCCAGAAGUAGAUUUAUGCAGCACUCCAGGAAUGAAUUAUUAUGCAUGUUUGUCAACCCAAGCUGAUGCAUGUGAUUGGACAGGUACUAAAUGCAACAUCUUCGAUUUCGGAGUGACAUACACACAAUGCAAUCAAUAUAUAUCUGUAUCUCCAAAGGUCUGCGCUUCAAUCGAUACAUCAAACUUAAAAUGCUAACACAAUUCAACCACUUAAAACUGCGAAAACUUCACUGAAACUACUGAAAUCUUUGUUAAAAAUUAAGAUGGUCUAUACAUAAACACUAAAAAGGGUAUGAAUCGAUUGGCUUGUAUCAGUGUGGCUAAAUAGCCUACCAUUUGGGCCAAUGGAAGAUGCGAAUACAAUAAUGUCAAAGUAGCAUUAAUAACCUGUAACGAAUUGGUAGAUGUCAAUCCCAUGUCUUGUGCUCAAAUUGACAAGGACAAUGUCACUUGCAAGUACUUCAAAGAAGGAACAUGUACUGCAUAAUUUGAUCCAUAAGUUGAUAAAUGCAGUACACCUGGCUUAAAUAAAGUAGGUUGUGUUUCUAUAGAAACGGAGUAGUGUCGCUUCUCAGAAGGAACUUGUUCAAAAUAUGAAAUUUCAAAUAUUAUCAAAUGUCAUGAAAUGACAAAUGUGAAUGCCCUUGUCUGCAAAAAUAUCAUAAAUUAAAAUUGCAAAUUCAGUUUUGUGAAAAGAGGAUGUGUCUAAUCAUAUUCAAAUGAUAAAUGUUCAUACAGUGGACUCAAUCAAUCUGGAUGUAAUAAAACCACCUAAUGUCAAUGGAUCGAUGAUCGAUGCUUCUGUAAAGGAGAAGUUUCGUCACUCCAAUUAAUAGAUUGCACCAAGUUCACUUCUGAGAGUUGUCAAAACUACAAAUCCUGCAUUUUUGACAAAACAACUGGUCUCUGUCGAAACAGAAAAUGCAGUGAUCUUGCACUUGCCUCUUGUUCAGGUACUAUAGCCAAAUCUACUUGCUAUGUUAAUCUCUAUAAAUGCAGUUCUGCCUCUAAGUGUUCGGAACUCUUUAAUGUAGAUUGUAGUCUUUAUACUAUUGCUGGUAAGAAAUGUGCUGAAGAUCUAUGGAAUGACAAUCAUUGCAUCGAUUAAGGAUGUCAACAUUUCAAUGAAGACUAAUGUAAUGGUAAUUGCCAAUGGUCAUACGCUUAAUGUGUGCUCAAGGACUGCAACUACAUGAAAAAAGAGAGUUGCACUGGCAUCAUGAAUAAUAAGCAAUGUUAUUGGGAUGGCACUUAUUGUUAGGCCCUUAAUUCCUGUAAGGAAUAUAUUACAUAUUCCAAAUUAACUGAUACAACCCAGUAGCAACAGUUGUGUACUUCUUCAACGUUUCUUAAUAAGAAAUGCAGAUGGGAACUCAUUGAACCUUUUGGAACUGAAUAUUAAUGCACAUCCAAAUUAUGUUCUGAUUAAGGUACCAGUUCAUCAACUUGUCAUGGAUUCGAAGCUCAAGGAGAGGUAUGCGUAUUAUUACCAGACUUCACUUGUGUGGCUUGCUCAGAAAUUACAGACUCUUGUACCUGUUUAAAUAUGAAUGGUUACUGUUACUACAGUGAAACCAAGGGAUGCAUAUCAAAUUUGUGUAGCGAUCUGGAUGAAGCUUCUUGUGGUAACAUAUUUCUUCAACUUAUUUAUAGCAUCAAAUUCAUAAAGAUGCACGUUUAUUAACAAGUAAUGUAAACCAUCCUGCGGUAAAUUGAGAAGUGUUGAAUGUACUGCAAGAUAACAGUCCAGUGAGUGUCAUUGGAAUAGUAACGUUAUGAGAUGUCUUGAUGGUGCCCCUCCUAGUGUCAAUCUAAACACCAUGGAGGAAGUUAUAGUCAUAGAGAGCUCGAUUUCUAAGAUUAACUAAGUGAUCAUCAUGCUAAUAAUGAUAUAUAUUAAUUGA